AUGCCCUUCGCUAAAGAUGAAGAGAAAAUAGUGCUUCGGUGGCCAAAACAAAAUAACGAAGAUCAAACUUUUACAAUUUCUGAAGCUAUAGAAUCGAUCGGCUUUGGGCGAUUUCAGUGGCGAUGUCUUUCAGUUAUAGGAUUUAUAUUGUCAGUUAGGACGAUGCAAAUUGCUAUGCUUUCUUUACUUGGACCGUUGUUAAUCUGUGAGUGGGGUAUCAGUAAUAUCCAAGCAGGCUUGAUAGUUGGACUUGCAUAUGUAGGCGAUAUAAUAGGGUUUCCAUACCUUGGAUGGUUUUGCGAUCAUUACGGUCGAAAACUGGGUGUGAUUGUAGCAAUCCUGUGCACUUCGUAUUUUUCAUCACUCUCUAGUUUAUCAUCCGAUAUUACGAUGAUGCUGUUGUUGCGAUUAGUAUGUGGAGUUUCUGAAAGUGGAAUGCUGCAAUGCAUAACCAUUCUAAGUGAAUUAGUACCUGCAACAGCCAGAGCUAGAUCCAUCGUUUCCUUACGAGGAUUUACAUUUAUAGGCAUUGCAUUUGAGGGUAUUAUAGCUUAUAUCUGCCUGAAAAUAUUCGAUUGGCGUAUGCUACUAGUAGAAUCUCCACGGUAUUUAUUAUUGCACGGAUUUCGAAAAGAAGCUAAAGAUAUUAUAAUCAAUAUCGCUAAGAUGAACCGCAAGCCUGCGCCGGAAGGAAAUUUAAUUACAAUUGUUGAAGUAUGA